CUAUUCGUUAAAGAAAUUCCGUGAUACAGAACAAAAACCUAAGAAACUGGGUUCAACGUCAUAGAAGAGAAGAGAAGCCUGAAAAAAAAAAAAUUAUCUCCAGAACGCUGAAAUCAAGAGAAGAAAAUCUUUCUGAUGACUUCAGUUCCUUCAAAACUCUACUCUGAUGAUGUUAGCCUUGUAGUGGUGUUAUUAGACACCAAUCCGUUCUUUUGGACCCCGCCUUCUUCCCUCUCAUUCUCCCAAUUCCUUUCUCACGUGCUGGCGUUUGUGAACUCGAUUUUGCUGCUAAAUCAACUGAACCAAGUGGUGGUGAUUGCUUCUGGGUAUAAUACUUGUGAUUACAUUUAUGAUUCUUCUUCGGAUGCGAGUCAGCUGGGCUCGGAGGAUGGGAGAAUGCCGUCUCUUUAUUCCAAUUUGUUGCAGAAGUUGGAGGAGUUUAUGAUCAAAGACGAGAAACUGGGGAAAGAGCAGUCUCAAAGAGCGAUCAAGUCUUCGUUGCUCUCAGGCUCCUUGUCCAUGGCCCUUUGCUAUAUACAGAGGGUUUUUCGUUCAGGACCACUCCAUCCUCAACCUCGACAUCUGGAGCUCGGAAAUCAUUCUGUGUGGUCAAUCCAGUUGAGGGUCGUGUGCAUUGCUUUUGAUCUUCUCUUGCUUUAUCGUGCCACUGGGCAACUACUACAUCCCUUUUUAUCAUUUUGUUUAACUGCGUUACUGACAUCCAAGGGCAGAUUUUGUGUUUGCAGGGAUCCCCGGAUGGGCCUGAACAGUAUGUUGUUAAUAUUCUUUUCAUUUGUCCGCUAUCCUUUUCCUCAAGCUUUUACACUCACUGUUUCUGGUCUUUCCAGAUAUGUUGCAGUAAUGAACGCAAUAUUCUCUGCACAACGCUCUAUGGUGCCUAUAGAUUCCUGUUAUGUUGGUGCUCAUAAUUCAGCCUUCUUGCAGCAGGCCUCCUACAUAACCGGAGGUGUAUAUGUUAAGCCCCAACAUCUGGAUGGGCUAUUCCAAUAUUUGACGACAGUUUUUGCAACUGAUUUGCACUCUCGUAGCUUCAUACAACUUCCAAGACCUGCUGGUGUUGACUUCCGUGCAUCGUGUUUUUGCCAUAAAACUACAAUUGAUAUGGGCUACAUAUGUUCUGUAUGUUUGUCAAUAUUCUGCAAUCAUCACAAGAAGUGUUCGACUUGUGGGUCAGUUUUUGGCCAAGCCCAAUCAGAUACUUCCUCAACAUCAGAUCUUAAGAGAAAGGCUCCAGAAACAUAAUUUCUCUUUUAGAAGCAUUUGCAUUGAACUUGAAGAUCCUUUGUGAAGAUGGUCUUAUCUUCAUUACACAAUUUUUUCUUCUUUAGCAUGUGGGAUUGAAAGUAUAUUAGGAAUCCUAAAGACUGGCAUUUGUAAUGCACGACUAAAUUGAUUAUCAAGUUGAAUUGAGAUUUGGUUUUUCUUUCAUGACUGAUAGCAUGAUAUGAUACCUCACUUCCAGCGAUGAUAUGCUGCACAAAAUCAAUAUUGGAAUGGACACUAGAAUGCCAAAAGUCCUCUGCUAGCCAUGAAUGGAGAGGUUAUUCCGGUGAUAUUUUUUUGGGAGUAAUGAGAGCAAAUUUAGCUGGCAGCAGUUCUUUUACUGGUGAAAACUAUUUCAUCCUGUUGCCUGUACGUGUCGUUUUAUGAGUUUUGUAUUUGUUCUUACACCAAAAACUGAGGUGGUUAACAUUCUGUAGUCUUUGAGCUUCCGAAUCACAAAUAGCUCAAGUUUUGGUCGUUAUUGCCACAAAGAUUUGAGCGAUUUGGAUCUA